UGUGGCAUGCCUUUCUUUUGGUGCAUUCAAGAGGAGAUGUCAAAAGAGCCAGGCAAGGCAGUCUUGGCCAAAGCACAGCACAUCUUUUCAGAAAUGUUUUCCCUCUGCUUCCACAAGGGGGGAAAAUGCACUGGCUUUGAACACACAAUCCCCCCACAGAAGUUCUUUCUCCUCGGAGUCGCAGGUUGCCUUCCACCAGGCCACAAGGAAAGGAUUUUUGCAACAGGAGGAAAAGUUGCACCUGAAUGUGGCAUUGCAAUCCAAGGCAUGGCGGUGGCUGCGGAUGUACUAACCCUGGUCUUGGGUGGCCUGGGACUUGUGCUGCUCAUUUUGUGUGCUGGAUCCGAUUGCUGGAGGCAAGAUGCCAAGGAUCCCUUGUCUUCGGUGGGCUUGAGCGUUCGGUGCCGGGGGUUGUGGAGCGAGUGCAUCUUCGACAACGUGGCUGACCUCUGGACUUGUGACAUCCCCGUCUCCUAUCUCGGCGAACAUCCAGCCGUUCUUGUCGUCACACGGGGUUUGGUGAUUCUGUCUGGCUUUAUGACUCUUUCUGCUGUGCCGCUAUUCGUCGCAGGGAUGAAUUGCACCAACCUCUGCCAUGACAAGGUCCCACAAAAAUACAAGUUUUCCUUUGCUGCUGGGUCCCUGUUUCUCCUAGGAGGUCUUUCUGGAGCAGUUGCAGUUCUCUGGUAUGGCAUCGACACAGUACAGAAGUACAAGCUAGAGGUCAGUUUGGGCAUCCCUGGCGUUACGUACGAACUUGGCUAUUCCUAUUGGAUGGCUGCAGUCGGUGUGGCUUGUGCCACUGCCAGUGGGAUUUUGUCGAUUGCUUCCAAUAGUUGCCAGGCCAAGAGCUCACAAAAGGAGCAGCGGAGCCUCGGAUGCCACCCUUCAUCCGCCAGAGGACAGAGGACAUACCUGUAAAGGUGGAAUCUGGCCUCUUAACAGUGGCAUCAUUAGGGUUGGCAUCAUCACCCGGUGCAGUAACUCAUGGCAUUACCCUUCGCUGACCUCCUCCCCUAACUCACCAUACAGAAUCCUUAGUCAUGUAUUUUUUGUCCCGAUGUUACUCAUAAAUUGUGAUUCCUGUACAUCACCAAAUGUAAUAGCAAUGGUUGUGAUAAUCAACAACGUGCAAAAUUAUAGGUGAUACCGUUAUUGUUUCAAUACCUU